GGUUUUGUUUUCGGAAAACUAGCAGGUAGACCGGCGACGCAUGGCUCGAAAAUUUCAGUGCCGAUUCUACCCCUGCUAUCCUCCCAUGUUUACCAAGCUGUUCCCUCACCUUGUUUCGUAAUUCCCUAGAGAUACGAGGGGCAUUUAAGUUAUUUUAAACUCUGUAAGUAACGGACCUUCCAGAACGCAUAGAAAGAGAGAGAGACAGAGAGAGGUGGUGCGAAUGGCGGGCAUAAUUCCUCCGCCGCGUACGGAGGCGACGACGGUCUCCGACAGUGAGCUAGGAGGGGCCCUCCUAGUGGCGCCUCUGAUGGAUUUGCUGGCGUUGCGCAUUCGGACAGGACAGCUCACCAACUCGCCGGAGUUUCCUGAACUUUGCGUCUCCCUUGCCAGGGGUAUUGAUUAUGCAGUGGCAAACAAUGAGGUUCCAUUAAGAGCUAAGGAUUUGCCAUUACUUUUAAAACAGGUAUACAAAUGCAAGGACAAUCCCUCUUUCCAAGCAGCUGUUAUGGUGCUUAUGAUGUCUGUGAAGAAUGCUUGUAGGGUUGGAUGGUUUUUAAACAAAGACGUUGAUGAUCUUCUCUUCUUAGCCGAGGAGAUAGGGAGAAACUUCUCUAAUAUGGAGGACGUUAAUGUUGAAUCAAGUUGUGCCCUUCACUAUAUUUCGAAUAUCAUGUCAAGAUUCUAUCCACAAAUAAAGAUUGGCCAAAUACUUUCUUCUCUCGUGAUCAAGCCUGGAUAUGGAGUUUCUGUGGUCGACUUCCAUAUCCUGAGGAGUAUGGUGGGUCCUAUGCACGAGAAGAUAGGGCUAUUUGUCGCUCAAACAGAUUCUAUGGACACAUCCUCUUGUCUUGUGACUCCUCCUAAAGUGAACUUUCUGUUAAAUGGAAGGGGAGUAGAAGGAAGGAUUAAUGUCUCCAUGGCUUUUAAUCUGUCUCAGGACAAUGGACCCCAGCUUCCCACUAAUGUGUCUGCAAUGCUGAAAUAUGGAAUGAAUCUUCUGCAAGCUGUUGGGCACUUCAAUGGUCAUUAUGUUAUUGCGAUAGCUUUUAUGAGUGUCAUAUCAUCUUCUGGGAAUCCAGUUUUACAAGAUUAUGUUCAGCCUGUGGUUUCCACCCUUGAUUCUGAUUCUAAUAUCAUCAAGGGACCAUCACAAAUCUCCUUAUAUUGCCCCAUAAGCAGCUGCCAACGGAUCAAAAUUCCUGUGAAAGGGCAUCUCUGCAAGCAUCAUCAGUGUUUUGAUUAUGACAACUUCAUGGAAAUAAACUCAAGACGACCUUCCUGGCGCUGCCCUCAUUGUAACCAGUCUGUGUGCUACCCAGACAUUCGCAUUGAUCAGAAUAUUGUAAAGGUCUUGAGAGAGGCGGGACAGAACACUGUUGAUGUGAUUAUUUCAACAGAUGGGUCCUGGAAAGAGAUGGUGGAAAAGAAGGGUCAUACAGAUCUAACAUGUGACAGGGUACAAAAUUGUCGGCUUGGAAGGGCCGAUUUGUGUGAUUAUCCAACAGUCUCAAACAUCCAAACUGAAGUCAUGGGUCAUAUUGCAGGAGGUUGUAAUGGGAGUAAUUCCAUAAGUGUCAAUGGAGCUGGGGAUGGAAAAAUUUUACAGGAUAAUGUUCAAGGUAUUGCCAUUAUCAAAAAAAGUUUGCUGCUGGAAAAUACCAGUACGAAUACGGUUGAUCAAAAUGCUUCUGCUCAAAUGGACAAUGAUUUCUGGUCAGAAAUGCUUUCAACUGCGACUAUUACUACGGCUGCCCUAGCUACUGGUUCCAAUACUGAGAGGGGUAAUGGCAUCUACAGAAACAGUCCUUUCAAUAUUGUGCUUUCACCUGUUCUGGUGGAUGCUGUUUCUCCUGGUCUUAGCGAAGAAACUGGUGAUCUUCAUCAGGCAUCACCAUUGACCAUGCCCUUUCUGCAAAACCAUUUCUCUGAUUCCCACAAUUCACAGGCACAGCGGUCUAGAUUUGCUAGUGUUGCAAGAAAUGUACAUGGAGGAUUGCCAACAAUGCCUACAAAAGUGAGCAGUACACCUAUGGCAGCUCAGGGCUGUUCGAAAUUGAAUUCUUUUUCAGUCUUGAACUCUUCAUCUUCACCACAGCAUCAUCCUGAGGCACAGGACAGAAAUGAGAGUGAUCAGAAUUACUUUUCUGGUCAAUCAGUUGGAAAGGUUGUUGGCAUACCUACACAAGGCCCUGGUGCUUCUAGCAGUUUGCUGAGGCCUCUGAAAAAGCACCAAAAUCAAACACAACCAAACCCAAGAGAACCAAUGAAGAGUCAAGUCACGGCCAAGUCUCAUAGCAUGUUUCUUCCGUCCAUUCAUGUCGAACCUGCACAGGCGAAGCAAAGAGGUGGCAAUCAAGCUUUGGGUACUGUGGCAAACAAACCACCUCUGUCUAAGGCUGCUGCCCCACCGACGGCACAGAUUUUCAGACAGCCACCAUUAGUGCCAGUUCAGCUUCAGGCAUCUAGAGCAGCACUGCCUGUAGAAAUGGCUGCUGAGAGGCUUAGAACUGUGGGUGAGCAGAGACCAAGUAUGACUGGGACAACUCAGCCGCUCUCCAGGCUGGCUGGUGGCUCAGUGUUAGCAGCAGCAGAUCAGAACUGGCGGCCCUCUGGGAGAAUGAGGGGAAGCCUUGUAGGCGAGGCCUACUCCGCUGCACUAAGCAAGUUCAUGCCUCAAUCAACCCAGCCUGCUCGAGCUUCCGAGUUACCAUCCCAUCUGCCAUCUACUUCUCACCCUGCUCUGCAAGGGCGUGGGCUUCCAGCCAGUAACCCCAGUGCCCUUCAUAAUCUGCAAGCACCGAAUCAGCCAACGUUUGGCGACGCAACUGGCUGUUCUGGGAGCUCUGGUGCAUUACCGACACGGUCAAUGGGGAUGCACUGAUUGAUUGUACAUCAUCAUAUAUGCUGCUUCUUUUUUCUAGUGAUCUUGUUUUGUUGAAUAAUAUUGCAUACACUAACCUAACACUUGGCAUUUUCAUCACUAAAUUAUUUACAAAAGAUGGAAGUGGUAAAUAUACGCAAAAACAAACUUCUAGAGGAAGGAAAAUAAAUAAACCACCUUGUGUUAUGACAUCA